CUUUGCCUUCCUCACUCCUGCAUCUGAGCUCCAUCUCUACCAGCAGCAUGAGCCGCCAGUUCACCUGCAAGUCGGGAGCUGCCACCAACAGGGGCUUCAGCGGCUGCUCUGCAGUGCUCUCUGGGGGAAGUUCGUCCUCCUACCGGGCAGGAGGCAAAGGGCUAAGUGGGGGCUUUGGCAGCCGGAGCCUCUACAGCCUUGGGGGCACCCGGAGCAUCUCCCUCAAUGUAGCUGGCAGCAGCGGAAAGAAUGGAGGUUUUGGAUUUGGCCGGGGCCGGGCCAGUGGCUUUGCUGGCAGCAUCUUUGGCAGCGUGGCCCUAGGGCCUACAUGCCCAGCUGUGUGCCCACCUGGAGGUAUCCAUCAGGUCACUGUCAAUGAGAGCCUCCUGGCCCCCCUCAAUGUGGAGCUGGACCCUGAGAUCCAGAAAGUGCGGGCCCAAGAGCGGGAGCAGAUCAAGGCUCUGAACAACAAGUUUGCUUCCUUCAUCGACAAGGUGCGCUUCUUGGAGCAGCAGAACCAGGUGUUGGAGACCAAGUGGGAGCUGCUGCAGCAGUUGGACCUGAACAACUGCAAGAACAAUCUGGAGCCCAUCCUGGAAGGCUACAUCAGCAACAUGCGGAAGCAGCUGGAGACCCUGUCUGGGGACCGGGUGAGGCUGGACUCGGAGCUGAGGAACGUACGGGACGUGGUGGAGGACUACAAGAAGAGGUACGAGGAGGAGAUCAACAGACGGACAGCUGCAGAGAACGAGUUUGUGCUGCUCAAGAAGGAUGUGGAUGCGGCUUAUGCCAAUAAGGUCGAGUUACAGGCCAAGGUGGACUCCAUGGACCAGGACAUCAAGUUCUUCAAGUGUCUCUUUGAAGCUGAGAUGGCUCAGAUCCAGUCUCACAUCAGUGACAUGUCUGUCAUCCUAUCCAUGGACAACAACCGCAACUUGGACCUGGACAGUAUCAUCGAUGAGGUCCGGGCUCAGUAUGAAGACAUCGCUCUGAAGAGCAAGGCUGAGGCUGAGGCCCUGUACCAGACCAAGUUCCAGGAGCUGCAGCUGGCAGCUGGCCGGCAUGGAGAUGACCUCAAAAACACCAAGAAUGAAAUCACAGAGCUCAAUCGGUUCAUCCAGAGACUCCGCUCAGAGAUUGAGAAUGCAAAGAAGCAGGCUUCUAACCUGGAGACCGCCAUUGCCGAUGCUGAGCAGCGAGGAGACAAUGCACUCAAGGAUGCCCGGGCCAAGCUGGAUGACCUGGAGGGUGCCCUGCACCAGGCCAAGGAUGAGCUGGCUCGGUUGAUGCGUGAAUACCAGGAGCUCAUGAGCCUGAAGCUGGCCCUGGACAUGGAGAUCGCCACCUAUCGCAAGCUGCUGGAGAGUGAGGAGUGCAGAAUGUCGGGAGAAUAUCCAUCCCCUGUCAGCAUCUCCAUCAUUAGCAGCACCAGCGGCAGCAGCGGCUAUGGCUUCCGGCCCAGCACUGUCAGCGGCGGCUAUGUGGCCAACAGCACCAGCUGCAUCUCUGGUGUGUGCAGUGUCCGUGGCGGGGAGAGCAGGAGCCGGUCCAGUGAUUACAAGGAUACCCUGGGGAAGGGCACCAGCCUGAGCGCCUCCUCCAAGAAGAGUGGUCGGUAG